CCGGAGCUGCUCAGUGCUGCUGCAUGAGAAGAGGAGCGGAUGUGACCGGCGGGACGAACAUAAUCUGUGGACCAUGGACGCGUUUAUUGCCUGUGGAUAAUGUUUCCGCUGCGCAUUUGAAAAACAACGUAUCACCGUCUGAUCCCUUCGGCCUCUGAGAACGAGGACCAAAUGCCACUCGACUAAAAAAAAAAAGAAAAGAGGAUUAAAGCAGGAAUCCGUCACCUCCCCCAAGUAGGUGUGAAUUGCCGGCUGCCAUCAUGGGGAACCAGCUGACUGAUAUUGCUCCCAACACGUCCUUUCUGCCAAACUUCCAGUCCCUGCACGUGGUGGUCAUCGGGCUCGACUCGGCCGGCAAAACCUCCCUGCUCUACCGGCUCAAGCUCAAGGAGUUUGUGAAGACCAUCCCCACCAAGGGCUUCAACACGGAGAAGAUCAAGGUGGCCGUCGGGGCCUCCAGAACCAUCAACUUCCAGGUGUGGGACGUGGGCGGCCAGGAGAAGCUGCGCCCGCUGUGGAAGUCCUACACCCGGCGGACGGACGGGAUGGUGUUCGUGGUGGACUCCACCGAGCUGGAGCGGAUGGAGGAGGCCAAAGUGGAGCUCCACAAGAUCACGCGCACCUCGGAGAACCAGGGGGUUCCGGUGCUCGUCCUGGCCAACAAACAGGACCAGGACUCAGCCUCCUCCGCGGGCGAGGUGGAGAAGCUGCUCUCCGUCCACGAACUGAGCACCUACACGCUGCACCACGUGCAGGGCUGCAGCGCCGUGGACGGCCGCGGGCUGCAGCCGGGCCUGGAGAAACUCUACGAGAUGAUACUUAAGAGGAAGAAGAUGGUGAAGCACAACAAGAACAGAAAGAGAUGAACUCCUCCUGGCUCCUGCCCGUGAAGAUUUGAUCCGCGGCCGAGACGCUUUGGAGCCUAAUGGGUCCCUUCGUUUUAACGGGAGAGUGAUUUGUGCCGACACAACAACAAUUACACGCGGCUGCGUGUUCAGGAGAAAUGGAUAUGCUCACAAUAAUUGAGAGUUAAGAGUUAUUGGCAUAUUUCUUCGUCCUGCAGCUGCCCAACAUUUUAUGAUUUAAAAGGGAUCUUGAGCAAUUAGUCUUCACUAAGUGCUUUUUUACACCUGUUUUAGGGAAUUAUAGCAAGCUUUUCUGUUAUCAGUAGGACUAAUAUUGAGUUUGUGUUUCCAGUCCCUAUAAUAUAUAAAACGUCCUUUUAAUCCUUCACAAGCUUGCACAGGUUCUGUCCCACUGAACUGCCGUUUUCGUUCCACAGAUGCUUCCCUGAAAUAUUUGUUGUGCUUGUGUUGGACGGAGGGACUUUUGUAAAUGAUGUGAAAUGAAAGAGAGCUCGGUGGUGAUGGAGCACCACCACAUUUUAAAUGUCCUUGCCAUGGAACUGUAAUCCCAAGUGCAUUCCUUAUGUGGCCACAGAGGUUAAGUUUCAGUUUCUAUAAUAACAAUGUUUAUACAAAUUGUACAUUUUUGUAACACUAAAGACUUAAUAAAUCUACACACAGAACAUCCAUUGCUUUA